UAUUAUAAUAUAUGUUUGUAUUUUGAGAUUUGUAGGAUGUGCAGCUUGAGAAAUGUUGUAACGACAGGAUUGAAAGCAUGGUUGCCACAAAUUACAACAGUGCGCUUUCGAUAUUUUGCUAAUAAAAAACGACUCGUAAGGAGACAUGGCUAUUAUGAGCACAUAGAUCAAAAGGGAUUAUUGGCGCAUACGGAUGACAAUAAUCCGAUUCGACAGAUGCCAACGUAUCGGCCGGAUGACUCGUGGUCUGAGAAAAAAGCAUUGUUCGGACAGAAUGAUUAUAUAGACAUUCUUGGAAACGAAGAGCUUUCGGUUAAGGAUGUCAUGUACAAUGUCCCAAUGUGGUUAAGAGGCGUCAAGGGCAAUGAAUUUCAGGUUCUUUUAAGGAAGAAGAAAAUGUUAAAGAACGGCAUUUACCCAAUAGCUAGACCUACAAAAUGGUUACAGUUAAAUAAAAGAAUCGAAUAUCUGUACAAAUUUUUAAACAGAAAAACGAGGCCAAAUAUGUCACGAGACUAAUUAUUGUAGUAAUUUUUAAUAAU